AAGGAUGGAGCUGGGAGCUUAGAAAGGGGCCAGGAAUUUGGAUUGCCCAAAACCCCAGCUUCCCGCUAUUCCCCCUCACCCCUCCCACCUCCUCUGGGAAGUGAAAUUAUAUUUCCCCAUUUUAGCAAGGGGUGGCGAGGAGGGAAGACUGAGUAAACACAAAGCUGAAAGUACAAGCAGACGGAAAGUGAAACCGGGUACAGCCCCCAGUAUAAGACUCUCCCACCCAGGAGAUGGCUGGCCAAAGAGGCUGGGCCCCGACAUGGGCCAGAUGACUGGAGACCUUGGCUGGCGGCUCACCCUGUUGCUGCUGUCUUUGCUCCUGGCCCGGGCUGGUGUCUGGGGAUUUCCAAGACCCCCAGGGAGGCCCCCCCUGAGCCUGCAGGAGCUGCAGAGGGAGUUCACUGUCAGCCUACGUCUGGCCAGGAAGCUGCUUUCUGAGGUCCAGGGUCUGGCCCACCGCUUUGCUGAACAUCACCUGCCUGGAGUCAGCCUAGACCUUCUGCCCCUGGGAGAGCAGCUCCCCAAUGUUUCCCUGACCUUCCAGGCCUGGCGCCACCUCCCUGACCCAGAAAGACUCUGCUUCCUCUCUAUGAUGCUUCGCCCCUUCCAUGCCCUGCUGGGAGGGCUGGGGAGCCAGAACGGCUGGACCAGCUCAGAGAGGAUGCAGCUAUGGGCCAUGAGGCUAGAUCUCCGGGAUCUGCAACAGCACCUUCACUUCCAGGUGCUGGCUGCAGGAUUCAACCUCCCUGAGGAGGAGAAUAAGGAGGGAAAGGAGCUGCUCCUGGCGGCUCUGGGCAGCCCCUCACAGAUGUCGGCCCAGGCGUCCUGGCCCCAGCUCCUCUACACCUACCAGUUGCUGCACUCCUUGGAGCUUGUCUUAUCUCGGGCCAUGCGGGACUUGCUGCUGCUCUCCCAGGCUGGGAACCCAGCCCAGGCCUUGGGAUACCCAGCUCCCAGACCUGACAGUGUGACCUCUUAGCCUCCUCUCACCCUCACCCUUUGGGACUGGAAUCUCAACCAACACGGCAGCCUCCAGCUCACUUGCCUUAGACAAGGCACGGUUCUACCAGCCCCAGCCCCAGCCCCUACCCAGUAACUUAAAGCCCCUCCAAUCCUUGACAGAUAUUUAUUUCUUAGAUAUUUAUUUAUUGUUCAGGGAGAGGAUGGUUUAUUUAUUGUUUCAGGGCCUGCUGGUCCUCCUUGGGCUGGGCCACUGUGCUGGGUGCCUAAUAAAGCACUCUUGCUCCUCUCUCUGCCUCGACUUCUUUUCAGAGAAGGGACCCAAAGGGCAAGAAGGCCUGGAAUGGAGUCUACAGCCUCUGGCUACCCUGGACUCCUCUCUGCUCCUACAUGUUUGGGGUCCCCCAUUCUGGCUUGCUUAGCUCGUGGUUUCCAUAAUAACCAGCAGGAUUCUGAGGCUGAGCUACCAUUUUGGAAGCCCAAGACAGCUGGUCUGCUAUCCAUCAACCUUUGAUUCUAAGUGGUGUUCCUCAGACCCUCCAAAACCCCUUCCCCAUGGGCUGGGUCCCUCUCCGGAGGUUUAUUGCACCUACAUAGCUCUGUGUGGGUGUGGGGGGUGGGGCAGAGGGAGAGUCAGAGAGGAGAGGGCUGUGGGGAUAAUUGUCCCUGUCUCUUCCAAGUCUUUUCAAACCUCCAGACAGCUGAGACAGACUGGGGAAGUAAUCAGGGCAGGAACCGUGAGAAGUAGCCCCAGUGGGGUAGGUGGUCCACCAGCCUGCACUGGAGAAUCAGCCUCUUUAAGUUCAAGGUCCUUAGGGACAUCUGGUUUUGUCAGCUCCACGAACAACACAACAAGAAACUGAGGCCUAGAGUGUGGAAAGGUUGUCUCUAGGUUGCAGAGGGAGCUGGCAGGAGUAGGGCCCACCGGGGCCUUCUGAUGGCAUUCAGGGCCUGUCUCCCAGGAUCUCAGAUCCCAGUCACUGGGGCUUCGGCUGGCCCAGUCGGGCUUGCAGUUCCUGCAUCAUGCCAGAGUGUGCAAGGCCAAACCUGGAGAUGGAAGACAGGCCCAUGGGAGCUGGACCUCGGGUCCACAGCCUCCUCCCUAUCCCAGUCCAGUCACCUUACCCUUGCCUACCCGUGUCCCAGGGGCCUUUUUCUGGCUGGCACUGGGGUCCCUUCAGGCUUUGGAGGGCUUGGUUCUGGGGGUUCCACUGACUGGAGAAGUCUCUGCUGGGGGGCUGACAGGUCUGCCUCCGGCGGUGGGCUGGGGGGCUCCUCCUGUGGUGCAGGUGCAGGGGUCCGACGGAAAGAGGGCCGGGAGCGGCGCUGUGAGGAGCUGCGGGAGAGAAGUACACGGCUCCGCGGGACAGAGACAUCCAGGCGGGACCCAGGAAGCAGGGCCUGCAGGGAAGGGGACACAGAGUAUUGUCGGCCUGGCUUCAAGAUUCCGCUCUGUCCGGUCCUGGACCCUGCCCAGAGUCCUCACCUCAUUCCAGCUGCUGCAAGCAUGCUCUCUGGCACUUCCUGUGGUCUCUGCAGCCUCUGCUGCCUCAUGUAGCUUGGGCUCAGCCUUUGGAGGGUCUUGGAUUGUUGGCUGUUCCUUCUGGCCCUUUACAUCCUCCAGGCCUUCUGGAUUAGCCUCCUCAGCCUCGUUGGCCUCCCCAGCCUCCUGGGCUUCUCCUGCUUCCUCAGCUUCCCCAGCCUCCUCGGCCUCCCCAGCCUCCUCAGCCUCGUUGGCCUCCCCAGCCUCCUGGGCUUCUCCUGCUUCCUCAGCUUCCCCAGCCUCUUCGGCCUCCCCAGCCUCCUCAGCCUCGUUGGCCUCCCCAGCCUCCUGGGCUUCUCCUGCUUCCUCAGCUUCCCCAGCCUCCUCGGCCUCCCCAGCCUCCUCAGCCUUCUUGGCUUCCCUGGCCUCCCCAGCUUCCCCUGCCUCCUCAGCCUCUUUGGCUUCCCCAGGCUUCCCAGGCUCCUCAGGUUCGGUGAUGUCCUCAGCUUCCCCAGCUUCCUUGGCUUCCCUGGCCUCCUUGCCUUUCCUGGCUUCCUUGGCUUCCCCGGCCUCCUCAGCCUCCGGCCUGUGGCCUCCAGCCACCUCAACAUCCUCCAAAUCAAGGGGCCUUUGUGCCCCUCCCUCAGGGUCCCCACAUUGCCCCUCACUGUCUACCCUCUGCUCCAUUGCUUCCCACACCCCAACCUCUGUUCUCUCCACUGUCUGCUCUCCUGGGAGCCCCUCAGCCUCCCCCAUGGCCACAGUCCCCUCUGCUGUCACCACAUGAGAGCCUGAGGUAAAGUGAUCCAUCUUCCAGCUUCCUUCUGCCACUGCAGAUUCCCCAACCUCAGACUCUCCCUCCUUGGCCUCAAAAGCCUCUGCUUGGUGACCUCUGCCAGUCACCCCCUCCUUUGCCGAGCUCUCCAGGCUGAACUCCUGCCCACCUCUGACCUCUCCCUCUGUAGCCUCCCCAUGCUGGGCCUCAGGCAGCUCCCCAUCUCCUCCAGCCUCCUCUCUCUCCUCUGAGUCCCACCCUCUCUUGAACUCCCUCUCCCAGGUAUUCCCAGCCUCCUCUUCUGGCCCUUCCUCCACCCCGGUCUCUUUUACACCCUGGGCUGCCUUAUCUUCCACAAUCUUUGUAGCCAAAGAAAUUCUGGUCUGCACGUCCUCGCUGUCCUGGAGGUUCAGCGCCACCUCCUCCAGCCUCCAUUCUCUCCCAGGUGCUCUGUCUGUUCCCCACGGUACCACAACCUCUACCUCCACAUCCUUGGCUUCUGAAUCUUCCAGUGACUGGCCUGCCCAUGCUCCUGCCCCUCGGCUCCCACCUGGCUCCCGAUUCUCUGCUUCCAGGGCCUCGUUCUCCUCUGUCCCACGCCCAGUGUCCUUUGCUUUCUUCCAUUCCCUAUCUGCCUCUGCAAUUGCCAGUAGUUCAGACUCUUGGCCUCUUUCGGCCUCAGCCUCCAGAGCCUGGCCUCCUGCAGCCUCCUCCCCAGCCUCCUCAGCAUCUGCUUUCUCCUGGCUAUUUCCUGUCUCCACAUCCCUUCUCCUCUGGUUUCUCCAGGCUUCUCCCUCAGAGACAUGGAUAUCAGGCUGUACAUUCUCUAAGUACCUGGAAUCUUCCUCCAGUUUCCCUUCUGUUUCCUCUUUGCUCAAGGCUGGAGCUCUCCAGAGUUCUUCCUUAACCCCCUGUCCUCCCUCAGGUUUCUUUGUUGGGGACUGGGCCCCUAGCAUCAGCUCAGGUUCCUGGCCUUCAGUUAGUUCACAUUCAAGGCCUCCCCACCCCACCCUCAGUGCUUCUCCGCCUGU